AUGGCAGCGAAAUCCGAUGGUCGCGGGGUCGUCACCGGUUUCGCCCAGCUGCACAACCUGGACGAGGUGGUGGGGACGGGAGAGGACGACCCUCAGAACAGCAGCUCAUUCCACAUCUGCCACUGCUGCAACACCUCGUCGUGCUACUGGGGCUGCCGGAGCGCCUGUCUGCAUUACCUCCAGGGAAAGGGGAAGCAGAGUGAUGCGGCGCGGCCACCGCAGGAGGAGCGCCUCUGGCUGGACUGCUUGUGGAUCAUCCUGGCACUGCUGGUCUUUUUCUGGGACGUGGGGACCGACUUGUGGCUGGCCAUCGACUAUUACCACAAGCAAGAAUUCCUGUGGUCAGGCCUGACUCUGUUCUUCGUUCUGGUUCCCUCGGUUCUGGUCCAGAUCCUGAGCUUCAGGUGGUUUGUGCAGGAUUACACUGGGGGCGGACUGGGCUCCGUGGAGGGGCUGAGUAGUAGAGCUACAGCCAGUCUGCAAAGAGACAGGUGCUGUCGUCUCUCUGUCUGGGUCUGGCAGACCGUCAUACACAUCUUUCAGUUGGGACAAGUGUGGAGGUACAUCCGCACCAUGUACCUCGGUGUACAAAGCCACCGGCAGAAGGAGAACCAGCGGCGUUUCUACUGGGCUAUGAUGUACGAGUAUGCCGAUGUCAACAUGCUGCGCCUGCUCGAGACCUUCUUAGAAAGCGCCCCUCAGCUGGUGCUGCAGCUCUGCAUCAUGAUCCAGUGCAACGAGGCGGAGUGGCUGCAGUGUUGUUCAGCCAUUUCCUCCCUCGUGUCCCUGGCCUGGGUGCUUGCCUCUUAUCACAAACUCCUGCGUGACUCGCGUGACGACAAGAAGAGCAUGAGUUACCGGGGCGCCCUGGUGCAUCUGUUCUGGCGCCUCUUCACCAUCUCCUCGCGGGUGCUCUCCCUCGCUCUCUUUGCCUCGGUUUUCCACAUCUACUUUGGCAUUUUUGUGGUGCUCCACUGGUGCGCCAUGGCUUUCUGGGUCAUCCAUGGCGGCACCGACUUCUGCAUGUCCAAGUGGGAGGAGGUCCUGUUCAACAUGGUGGUGGGCGUGGUCUACGUCUUCUGUUGGUUCAAUGUACGCGCGGGCCGGACGCGGUACAGAAUGGUGGCCUAUUACACACUAGUACUGUUCGAGAACGCCAUCCUCAGCCUCCUUUGGUACGCGUACCGUGACCCCGUCACCACUGACGCCUACGCCUCUUUGGCCCUCUGUGGUGUCUUCCUGUCCUUUGCUUCAGGUGUGGCCUGUAUGGUUCUCUAUUACGGGGUUCUUCACCCCAUGGGCCCCCGGUUGAGCGUGCUGGUGAGCUCCUGUUGUGCCGAGCUUCUGUGGGGGCUUCCGUUACCCCCCGAGGCCGAGCCCAUGGCUCCCACACCGGGCCCCCGUGGCUCUCAGGCCACCCCCACGCGGGGUCUGGCAGGGGAAUACGAGGAGUCAGACGAAACACCCACGGACACCUGCCUUCCGGUUUUCCAGGUGAGGUCCACAGUGCCCGUGGAUGCAGCUGGCAGGCCCAUCCAGCCGGAGGGUCCACUCAUCAAGAUAGACAUGCCCAGAAAGCGCUACCCGGCCUGGGAUGCACACUUUGUGGAUCGGCGCCUUCGCAGGACCAUAAAUGUGCUGCAGUACAUUAGCCCUAAUGCGGUGGGCAUCAGGUAUAGGGACGGUCCGCUUCUUUAUGAACUCCUGCAGUACGAGUCCUCCCUCUGA